GCUGGGAGCGCUUGCGCUCCAGUCGUCUCGCAGCGGGCGUGUGGCCGGCUGCUUGUUGCAGUGCGCGGUGCGAACUAACACACUCGAGUUCGCGGUCAUAGGCUCGAACGAACAUCGAAUUCGACGGUCAGUGCGGUGACCAUGAUGAUGGACAACGGGGUGAUAACAAAUAACUAUGACGGGGUGUACAGGGACGGGUACAUGGAACAGGAGGAGGAGUGGGAACGUGAGGGUCUCCUAGACCCGGCAUGGGAGAAGCAACAGAAAAAGACGUUCACAGCAUGGUGCAACAGCCACUUAAGGAAAGCCGGCACCGGCAUCGAAAACAUCGACGAGGACUUCAGGAACGGCCUCAAGCUGAUGUUGCUCCUCGAGGUGAUCUCCGGAGAAACGCUGCCCAAGCCCGACCGCGGCAAGAUGCGCUUCCACAAAAUCGCCAACGUCAACAAAGCCUUGGACUUCAUAGCAUCCAAAGGUGUGAAAUUGGUGUCUAUCGGUGCUGAAGAAAUAGUCGACGGUAACCUAAAGAUGACACUGGGUAUGAUUUGGACGAUCAUUCUCAGAUUCGCCAUUCAGGAUAUCUCCGUUGAAGAAAUGACUGCUAAGGAAGGUCUACUCCUCUGGUGUCAGCGUAAGACAGCACCGUACAAGAAUGUCAACGUGCAGAACUUCCAUCUGUCGUUCAAAGACGGCCUUGCGUUCUGCGCCCUCAUCCAUAGACACAGGCCUGACCUCAUCGACUACAGCAAGCUAUCCAAAGACAACCCCCUCGAGAACUUGAAUACGGCCUUCGACGUCGCCGAGAAGUACCUCGACAUACCGCGCAUGUUGGACCCCGACGAUCUGCAGAACACGGCGAUGCCAGACGAGCGCGCUGUCAUGACCUACGUCUCUUCAUACUACCAUUGCUUCUCGGGAGCUCAGAAGGCUGAAACCGCUGCAAAUCGCAUCUGCAAAGUACUCAAAGUCAACCAGGAGAAUGAACGCCUCAUGGAAGAGUACGAACGUCUCGCCAGCGACCUGCUGGAAUGGAUCAGACGCACUAUGCCAUGGCUCAACAGCCGUCAGACUGACAACUCACUCGCCGGUUGCCAGAAGAAACUGGAGGACUACCGUACUUACAGGCGUAAGCACAAGCCACCCCGCGUGGAGCAGAAGGCCAAGCUGGAGACGAACUUCAACACGCUGCAGACCAAGCUGCGCCUCAGCAACCGCCCCGCCUACAUGCCCACUGAGGGCAAGAUGGUCUCCGACAUUGCACAAGCAUGGAAAGGACUGGAGAUAGCUGAAAAGGCGUUCGAGGAGUGGCUGCUGAGUGAGAUGAUGCGCCUUGAACGUCUGGAGUAUCUCGCGCAGAAGUUCAAACACAAGGCUGACAUCCACGAGGACUGGACCAGGGGUAAGGAGGAGAUGCUGCAGUCGCAGGACUUCCGUCAGUGCAAGUUGUACGACAUCAAGGCUCUUAAGAAGAAGCACGAGGCCUUCGAGUCCGACCUCGCCGCGCACCAGGACCGUGUCGAGCAGAUCGCAGCCAUCGCUCAGGAGCUCAAUACACUGGAGUACCACGAGGUGGGUGCGGUGAACGCGCGCUGCCAGCGUAUCUGCUCGCAGUGGGACAGACUGGGCGCGCUCACUCAGCGCCGCCGUCUCGCGCUGGACGACGCUGAACGUCUGCUCGAACAGAUCGACCUGCUGCAUCUCGAGUUCGCCAAGAGAGCCGCACCCUUCAACAACUGGUUGGACGGCACACGCGAGGACCUGGUGGACAUGUUCAUUGUGCACACCAUCGAGGAGAUCUCCGGUCUCAUGGAUGCGCACGCGCGCUUCAAGGCCACGCUCGGGGAGGCCGACAAGGAGUACCAGGCAAUAGUGAACCUGGUGCACCAAGUGGAGUCCAUCGUGAAACAACACCAGAUCCCUGGAGGUCUGGAGAACCCCUACACCACACUCACUGCACACGAGCUGAACCGCAAGUGGUCGGAGGUGCGACAGCUGGUACCACAGCGCGACGGCACGCUGGCCGCGGAGCUUCGCAAGCAGCAGAACAACGAGACCCUGCGCCGGCAGUUCGCUGAACAGGCCAACGCUGUCGGACCCUGGAUAGAGAGACAGAUGGACGCCGUCACCGCCAUCGGCAUGGGCCUGCAGGGCUCGCUGGAGGACCAGCUGCGGCGACUGCGCGAGUACGAGGCGGGCGUGUACGCGUACAAGCCUCACAUCGAGGAGCUCGAGCGCAUACACCAGGCCGUGCAGGAGGGCAUGAUCUUCGAGAACAGGUAUUCUCAGUACACAAUGGAGACGCUGCGCGUGGGCUGGGAGCAGCUGCUGACGUCCAUCAACCGCACCAUCAACGAGGUGGAGAACCAGAUCCUGACGCGCGACUCCAAGGGCAUCACACACGAGCAGCUCAACGAGUUCCGCGCAUCCUUCAACCACUUCGACAAGAACCGCACUGGACGUUUGGCUCCCGAAGAGCUGAAGUCGUGCCUGGUGUCUCUGGGCUACAGCAUCGGCAAGGACCGGCAAGGAGAGCUCGACUUCCAGCGCAUUCUCGCCGUAGUCGACCCCAACAACACAGGUUACGUUUCAUUCGACGCGUUCCUGGACUUCAUGACGCGGGAGUCUACCGACACUGACACCGCGGAGCAGGUCAUCGACAGCUUCAGGAUUCUCGCCGGAGACAAGCCGUACAUAACAGCGGAGGAGUUGCGGCGCGAGUUGCCGCCGGACCAGGCGGAGUACUGCGUGGCGCGCAUGCCGCCGUACCGCGCUGCCGGAGCCCCGCCCGGAGCACUCGACUACAUGGCCUUCUCCACCGCGCUCUACGGCGAGACUGACCUCUAGAUCCAGGUCUUAUCAUCAGACGUAACCCAGGAGUUGGAACAGCAAGGGAAGUGAGCACAGGGUCGCCUCUCGUAUACACUACUCCCAAUACAGAGCGAUGUGACCCUGCUCUGUAGCGACCUCACAAAAAUUAUUUCUCUCAUGUUGGCAAACAUCUCAUAAAUUACGCCCUAAUCCAUUGCCAACAUGAUGCAAACAAUUUUUGUGGAUAUUAUUAGUAUUUUAAAAAUCAGUUCUGUAUCAAAUACGUGCAAUGUUAAAACCAAAAAAUGUCAUUAACUCUCUUACCAAGAAAAAUCUCUCAUUCUUUGUGUAAUCUUUUGGCUCAAAUCAGAGAAUAUCAUAUAUGUCUACAACACACUAUUUAUAUAAAUUAGAUUUAGGUAUUUUUAUCUUUUAUACGAAAUUUGUCAGGAAAUGUCACAAAACAUUUUAUUUGUAAGUUAAACACGGUGCUAAUGUUAGGCUUCACUAAUGUGUCACACCAAAAUAAAGACUCAUUCAAAAUGUGAGGAUGUUUUUUGUUAAAUAUAUAUUAUUUUUUUUAAUUUUUAAGCAUACAUUAUUUAUAUACAAGUUC